CACGCAUUUUACUUACAUGUGUGCGAUUUCCUGUAAUAGGCUUUCUCUGCUGUGUGCUAGCAUUUACUGAUCGAACGACCUAGAUUUCCACCCAGUGCUGGCGCAGGCGACCCGAUGGAUUUACUAACAGGUUAUGGGUCAGAUGAAGCAUCUGAUACCGAAGAAGAGCAUGUCCCCCAGCCAAAGCUUUCACCGGCUCGGGGUAAUGGCACACUGGGGUCGUCAGCAUCAGCUUCAGCAGUGCCCUCAGCGAUGCCCGCAACCAAUGCCAAAUCUAUAGCGGACGACGAGGACGACUCACUAGGACGAUCUGCAGCAGCAUCUAGCAGCUUAUGGUCCCAGCUGCCGCCACCCUCUGCCCAACCAUCGGCGCCCUCCCAGUCAUCAUCCGGCGGCCUGCUAGGCCUGCCUCCCCCAUCAGCCCCUUCCGGCGCUACCACCAGCCGCAAAGUCGUCACCAUGCAGCUGCCAUUCCGUAAAGAGCUCCUCGCCGCAGCGGCGCUCAGCAGCGACGAAGAGGACGAGCCAGCGGCUAAACGCGUCCGUACAGGCGGUGGCAAGUCCCGUCUCAUGGACUUCCUGCCGCCUCCAAAGUACGACACCCGAGCCCUGGGGGCCGGUCCCACACGACCACCAACCGCAGCAGCAGCAGCAGCAGCACCCGCAGGGCCCUCUUCAGCUGGCCCAGCCACCGCAGCUGCUAGCGCACCUGCAGCCGGUCUGCCCGCUGACUUCUUCUCAGGCGGAGGAGGCCCCUCCAGCAGCGUCGCCUACAGCAACGAGGCCUUCCGGGUCCAACCAGGGGACGAAGCGCAGGACGCUGCAGGGGCUGCAGUCGCAGCACCGUACGACCAGGGGCAGUACGUGUACGGCUCGUACGAUUACGGAGCGCCGUACGGAGGCUACAGCAGCUAUGACUAUUACGGUGCGGCAGCAGCAGCAGGGCCAUCAGCGGCCUACGGUCCGGGUCCUCUGCCGGGUCCCUCCUCCUCAACCGGGCGGGGUACGACAGCUGCAAUCAAAGCAGCUGCAGCAGGCGGUGUCGCAGCAGCAGCAACAACAGGCGCCGCUGCGCCUGUAGACCUGAUCGAGGAGGCCCUGCGUGCGGAGGCGGAGCGAGCCAGCAAGCGGGCGGGGGGAGGCGGGGGCGGCGGCGGCGGGGGGGUGAAGCUGGUGGAGAUCAGCGCCAAGGACCUGACGCACAUGGACCCGGCGGCGCGGGAGGCGGCCAACAGCGCUCGAGAUGCGCUGGGGACGGAGUACGCGAUGUCCCUGCGCCGCUCCGCCGCCCCCUUCGAGGGCAGCAAGAUGGCUCGCCGCAAGCACCAGAUCGGUACGCUGCUGUUCAACGCGCGCAUGCAGGAGCUGGACCACAUGGAGAAGCGCACGCAGGGGCAGAAGAGCAAGGCGGAGACGGCCGCCAAGUACGGCUGGUAAGGGGGGCCCAUGGAGUGCUGCGGGUCGUCAGGAACCCUCACCCUUGUCUGUCGAGGAGCCAGGAAGGGCGGCGCGCACUGCCGACCACAGGCUGCCAGUGCUGGCCGUCCGCCUAUCCUGGUCGUACGUCUCUGGAGCUAGCAGGAGAUGGUGUUUUGCGGAGUUGGGGAGUUGCAUGGUUGCUGAGUUCGGUAGUGCUGCACACUGCGCCUGCGGGGCGUUGUGAGCAAGGCCCGGACCUCAACUGACAAUGACGUGGGUGUGCAUUACAUUGAGAUGUAAUACGUGACCAAUGGGCUGCUAGCUACUGUUGCUGGCCGUACCGCAGCUAGAUGGAGGUGGGAUUGGGGUCCAGAGGCCGUAACGGUGGCGGGCAGCGCAAGGAGUCCAGCAUUGGUUGAGGGGGGAAAGGGGAUUACCCUUUGGUUGAGGGAAGGGUAGCGAAGGAGGGUUAGGGGUGUGCUCGACACGCGCGAACCCCAACUGUCACCGUCCUGUGAAUCAUGCACGUUGCCCAGCAGUUGGGCGGUACAUGAUACCGAUACAAGGACUGGGCAACAGCUGCUGCAUGCGGGGAGGACGCUUGUUACCUGGAACGCAGCGACGCUGUCAGAGUGUGUUAAGAGCCGUUAGAAGCCGCUUCACAGUGCAUACCGGCAGUACAGAGACAAGAUGAGAACCCAUCACAGGCAGCCAACCCACUGCGCCUAGGGGCGUCACCGGCUGGGCGGCUGCUGCAAGGUUGCUAGAUUAGGAAACUGGGGACAGGCCUCACAUUGUGCUCGCAAUGAC